CGCGGCUGCUGUGGCGGCGGCGGCGGCGGAGCCUGAGGUGGGAGGUUGCAGUAGAAUUCAGAGACUCUGUUGACAACUUUCUGCCACGAUGGGGGAGCUCUUCCGCAGUGAGGAGAUGACUCUGGCCCAGUUAUUUCUACAGUCAGAAGCUGCUUAUUGUUGCGUCAGUGAAUUAGGAGAACUCGGAAAAGUUCAGUUUCGUGAUUUAAAUCCAGACGUGAAUGUUUUCCAACGGAAAUUUGUGAAUGAAGUUAGAAGAUGUGAAGAAAUGGAUCGAAAACUUCGAUUUGUUGAAAAAGAGAUAAGGAAAGCUAACAUCCCCAUUAUGGACACUGGUGAAAACCCAGAGGUGCCCUUCCCCCGGGACAUGAUUGACUUAGAGGCCAAUUUUGAGAAGAUUGAAAAUGAAUUGAAGGAAAUCAAUACAAACCAGGAAGCUCUGAAGAGAAACUUCCUGGAACUGACUGAAUUAAAAUUUAUACUUCGAAAAACUCAGCAGUUUUUUGAUGAGGCUGAAUUGCAUCAUCAGCAGAUGGCGGAUCCAGACCUGUUGGAAGAGUCCUCAUCCCUCUUGGAGCCGAGUGAGAUGGGAAGAGGCACACCCUUAAGACUUGGCUUCGUGGCUGGUGUGAUUAACCGGGAGCGCAUCCCUACUUUUGAACGCAUGCUUUGGCGCGUGUGCCGAGGGAAUGUGUUCCUGCGACAGGCUGAAAUCGAGAACCCCUUGGAGGAUCCUGUGACUGGCGACUACGUGCACAAGUCUGUGUUUAUCAUUUUCUUCCAAGGCGAUCAGCUGAAAAACAGAGUCAAGAAAAUCUGUGAAGGGUUCCGAGCCUCACUCUAUCCCUGUCCUGAGACACCACAAGAAAGGAAAGAGAUGGCUUCUGGAGUCAAUACCAGGAUUGAUGAUCUCCAAAUGGUUUUGAAUCAAACAGAAGAUCACCGCCAGAGGGUUCUGCAGGCAGCUGCUAAGAAUAUUCGAGUCUGGUUCAUCAAGGUGCGGAAGAUGAAAGCUAUCUACCACACCCUGAACCUGUGCAACAUAGAUGUGACCCAGAAGUGUCUGAUUGCAGAAGUCUGGUGCCCUGUUACUGACCUUGACUCCAUCCAGUUUGCACUCAGAAGGGGCACGGAACACAGUGGUUCCACUGUACCCUCCAUUCUGAACAGGAUGCAGACAAAUCAGACUCCCCCAACCUAUAACAAAACCAACAAGUUCACAUAUGGCUUUCAGAACAUAGUAGAUGCUUAUGGAAUUGGGACUUACCGAGAAAUAAAUCCAGCUCCAUACACCAUCAUCACUUUCCCCUUUCUCUUUGCUGUGAUGUUUGGAGACUUUGGCCAUGGCAUUUUGAUGACCCUUUUUGCUGUGUGGAUGGUGUUAAGGGAGAGCCGGAUCCUCUCCCAAAAGAAUGAAAAUGAGAUGUUUAGUACUGUGUUCAGCGGUCGAUAUAUCAUUCUGUUGAUGGGCAUAUUUUCCAUCUACACUGGCCUCAUCUACAAUGACUGUUUUUCCAAAUCUCUUAAUAUCUUUGGGUCAUCUUGGAGUGUGCGGCCGAUGUUCACUAUAUAUAAUUGGACGGAGGACACACUUCGGGGGAAUCCUGUUCUCCAGCUGAACCCCACUGUCCAUGGAGUUUUUGGUGGACCGUACCCAUUUGGCAUUGAUCCGAUUUGGAACAUUGCAACCAACAAACUGACCUUCCUCAACUCCUUUAAGAUGAAGAUGUCUGUUAUUCUUGGUAUUGUCCAUAUGAUGUUUGGAGUCAGCUUGAGCCUUUUCAACCAUAUUUAUUUCAAGAAGCCCCUGAACAUCUACUUUGGAUUUAUCCCUGAAAUAAUCUUCAUGUCCUCUUUGUUUGGAUAUUUGGUCAUCCUUAUUUUUUACAAGUGGACAGCCUAUGAUGCUCAUUCAUCUGAGAAUGCACCGAGCCUUCUGAUCCAUUUCAUAAACAUGUUCCUCUUUUCCUACCCGGAAUCAGGUUUUCCAAUGCUGUAUUCUGGACAGAAAGGAAUUCAGUGUUUCCUGGUAGUGGUGGCCCUACUGUGUGUGCCCUGGAUGCUGCUGUGUAAGCCACUGAUCCUUCGCCAUCAGUAUCUGAGGAGGAAGCAUUUGGAAGGGCAACCUGUGGAGGCCCCAGUCAGCCCAACCCCGAGCCAACAGGGACUAGAGGCAGCAGCGGCUGCAACAGGAACUCUCAACUUUGGUGGGAUCAGGGUGGGCAACGGACCAACAGAGGAGGAUGCUGAGAUAAUUCAGCAUGACCAGCUCUCCACCCAUUCAGAGGACGCGGAAGAGUUUGACUUUGGGGACACUAUGGUCCACCAGGCCAUCCACACCAUCGAGUACUGCCUGGGUUGCAUCUCCAACACCGCAUCUUACCUGCGGCUCUGGGCCCUCAGCCUCGCGCAUGCACAGUUGUCUGAGGUGCUUUGGACCAUGGUGAUCCACAUUGGCCUGAGCGUGAAGAGCUUGGCGGGAAGUUUGGCCCUGUUCUUCAUCUUCGCCACCUUUGCCACCCUGACUGUGGCCAUCCUGCUGAUCAUGGAGGGGCUUUCGGCCUUCCUCCAUGCGCUGCGGUUACACUGGGUCGAGUUCCAGAAUAAAUUCUACAGUGGGACCGGUUUCAAGUUCCUGCCCUUCUCCUUCGAGCACAUUCGGGAAGGGAAGUUUGAUGAGUGAGCCCCGGGGGGCAGCCUAGGCCCCGCUGCCCUCUCUCCACCGUGACUAGCUGUGUUCCCUUUUGCCUGUUGUGAUCCCUGGGCACCAGGGCCUCGUGUCACCCUCACCAUCCCUGCCCCAGCUGUGAGUCAUUUAGCUAGAGCUGGCCCUCCCCGGGCCUCUCGCCACCCCCAGAUCUGUGUGUCAUGUACAGAUUCUCGAAAGAGAAGCUGGUUCUCGCCGUCAUGCCUGCUGGCUGUCAGCCUUGUUCUCCCAGCUUCCAGCCACAGCCCUUCACCUUCCGGUGGCCAGCCAGUCUUUGGGUCCACUCGGGCGUGCAGAGCCCUCUCGGUGGCUGGAUGAAGGAAGUAACCAUGUGUUCCUACUGAGCCGCCCCUGCUCCUGCAGUCAGUUACUGUGAGCCAGUGGAGGGGAGUCCCCCAAGGUCUCUGCUAGAAGACGAUGCUCUUUAUCGGGUCCCAAUCAGGUUAGCAAGGGGGCUCCAGGAAGAUGGUUGUUUUUGUGCUGUUUCCCCAGACACACCCCACUCCCGCGCUUGUUAAUCAGGAAUUGAGCUGGCCCUGUUGGGACCAGCAUGAGUUGGCCUCUCCCCGUGAUCCCCAAGGAUCCUAGGAUUCUCCACACCAACUUCCUAAGCCUCCCUCCACGCCCUCCUCCUCCUCCUCUCUCCCACCUCUCCCUGUGCAGCACAGCGUAGCCCAGCUGGGAGCACAGGGGAUGAGGUCCUGGCCAGCUUGCCAGCACACAGCUUCCCUUCCUGGGCUGCUGCCAGAGGGCGUCACUGCCCUGCCCAGUGGGGCAGAGGUUCAGAUCGACUGCUCCAGUGGAGCCCCUGAGACCUUCCCCAUCUCCGAUCAGGAAUUUUGAGAGCAGGGUUGGGGCCAUGGAGGCUGGUUCUGCGGGCAGGGCUGCCUUCGUCUGCCCACCAGUCCCCCCCAUUGAGUCCCACUCUCCGAAGUGGUGUUCGGGGCAAGGAAGACCAGCGUCCCAUACAGUUUGGUUACUGAAGGUGUCUAGCAGGACUGCCAGUGCCUGUGCGGUGAGACCUGCUGCCCAGCCCUGCCGGGGCACCCCCCCCCCAGCACCCCCACACCCCACUCUGUGGCUGUGAAUCUUAAUCAUGUGCUGCCGCAGCAGCACCAGCUGCUCCAGCUAAAUCAUCUGCACUUCCUUCCCCGAGAGGACUCCACCAGGCCUGCCAUCUCCUCCCACCCAGCUGUUCCUGAGUGAGCUACUGAGCUGCCCAGUCCUCUGCCAAGCGGAGCGAGGCACCGGCCCAGCCUCACCAAGCCCUUGCUCAUUGGGGCCUAACCCAGACCUUGUACAGAGCCCUCUCCCCUCUGGUGCCUGGUGUAUGUGGUACCCUUUGCUCUGUUGACAGUGUGCUUUGCAGUGGAGUUCUUUGUCAGGGACUUGCCCAAACCUUCUGUUGAGACCUUCCCGCGCUCAAUAAAGUGUGCUUAACUCCCUCCUGA